GGAUUGUUCGAAUCUCGUCAGCAGACGGAUCAGACGACGACGACUCGUUCGAGUCGCUACGCUGCGUUCCAUGAUAGUAUUUGCUGACGAUUUCUUUUACACAAAAGACGGAUCUCGCAUGAAUAUGGAAGAGGUCGAAACGCAGAAGAAAGGAGUGAUGACGGGUUGA